AUGUCUAAUCUAAAUAUCGAUACUAUUAGUAGCGAUACUCCACUUGAUCCCGGUGAAAAAGUAAAUGACCAAACCAACCAACUACCAUUUAAACAACUAAUCAUCGUAUUUAUGGGACUAGCAUUAGCCAUAUUCUUAUCUUCGCUUGAUCAAAUGAUUGUUACCACCGCAUUGCCAAGAAUUGCAUCGGAUUUCCAUGCAUUAUCCGAUAUUUCGUGGGUGGCUACAUCAUAUCUCCUAACCUCGACAUCAUUUCAACCACUCUAUGGAAAAAUUUCAGACAUUUUUGGUCGUAAAUUCACUUUUCUAUUUGCUAUUAGUACAUUUGUGGCCGGAUCAGUAUUAUGUGGUGCAUCGAUAGAUAUGCCAAUGUUAAUUGUUAGUCGAGCGAUUGCUGGUAUUGGUGGAGGUGGAAUUAUGUCAUUAGUAAUGAUCAUUAUUUCUGAUAUUGUCCCAUUAAGAGAACGUGGCAAAUAUCAGGGAAUUUUAGGUGGGACCUUUACCAUUUCAUCAGUUCUUGGACCCCUAAUUGGAGGUGUAUUCACUGAUCGUCUUUCUUGGAGAUGGGCAUUCUAUAUUAAUUUACCUACUGCUGCGUUAACAAUCACAAUUAUUAUUACGAUUCUUCAUUUGCCGCAUGUUUAUGGUUCAUUUAAAGAGAAACUAAAACGCAUAGAUUUUCUCGGAACCACAUUUCUUAUUGCCUCAACUGUCACUAUUUUAUUACCACUCAACUGGGGUGGAAAUACUUACCCAUGGAAUUCAUCAAUCGUAAUCUCAUUAUUUUGCGUUGGUGCAGUUCUCAUUUGCGUAUUCCUUUUCAUCGAAUUCCGAAUCGCUGUUGAACCAAUCGUUCCACAGCGAUUAUUUAAGAUCAGAAAUCCCGUUCUAGUUUAUAUUGGAAGCUUCUUUAUCGGAAUGGCAUUUUACGGCUUUAUCUAUUAUUUACCAUUAUAUUUUCAAGCUGUUCGAGGAUACUCGGCAACAAAAGCUGGACUACAAUUACUCCCAUUAGUACUUGGUCUCGUGGCUUUCUCAACUGGAUCCGGAUUCGCAACAUCAUUAUCAGGACGUUACCAUCCUUGGAUCAUAUUUGGAUACGGACUAACAACAAUCUCCGCCGGAUUACUAAGCACACUAAAUGAAAACUCCAAUCGUGGGGAAGAAAUCGGGUAUCUCUUAAUGGCUGGUGCUGGUCUCGGAUGCUCAAUGCAAACCGCAUUGCUAGCAGCCCAAUCUGCCGUAGAAUAUAGGGAUAUCGCUGUAGUAACUUCACUCUCGUCUUUUUUCCGAACAAUUGGUGGCGUUUUCGGUGUCGCUAUCUCUGGCUCGAUUUUCAAUAACAAACUUUCGUCACAUCUCGUUGAUGUUUUGCCUCCAGGAAUCUCGUUUGAUUUAGUGAAAAAUUCCGUGGAAUAUAUCCGAAGUUUACCUCCUGAUGUCCAAGUACCUAUUAUUCAUGCUUAUGUGCAAUCGUUACGUUACGUGUUUCUUAUUGGGGUACCAAUGGCUGGUGUUGCAUUUAUUCAUAGUUUAUUUAUUAAGCACGUUCCGUUACGUAAGACAUUGGGUCCAAUAGAGAAGGCUCCUAUAGAUAAAUAA